AUGAAGCCAGAGACAAUCCCCUCUCAGCAAAUAAAAGUCUUGUUUCUGGGACCACUUGGUACCUAUUCUCAUCAGGCUGUGCGCAAGUUUGUGCAAAAUGAGCCAGCAGACUUGGUUGCUUGUCGAUCCAUCCAGGAGGCUGUGACGAAAGGCGCCGAAGAUGCGCGCUUGGGCCGUCCAGUCGUAGUGAUGGUGCCAGUAGAAAAUAGUACAUUGGGCAUUGUACAAGAAGCGCUUCAAUGUUUGUCCGACCCCAAUCUUUUUUUUGCAAAUGGGCUUAGCAUCGUUGAUGAGGUGGAUUUGACAGUAGCACAUGCGCUUAUUAUCCGAGCACUUGACUCGUCAGUCUCGAAUCCACUUUCGCGCAUCGAGCAAGUCCGCAGCCACGAACAGGCACUAGGUCAAUGCUCAGAGUUCUUAAACCAACAUGUGCCCCAGGCUCAAAGAUUCUUUUCAAACUCCACUGCGGAGGCUGUGUCGUACCUGAGGCAAGCGCCUGCAGGACGUGUAGCAGCCGUAGCUUCAGAGCUGUGUGCUGAGAUGUUUGGAAUGCAGGUGAUUGCCCGAAACAUCCAAAAAUCCAACGCCAACUUUACUCGCUUUCUCGUGGUCACGAACCGAGAGCAUGAUCGUACGGUGGCACAUACACUGGCCACAUAUCGGAUAUCUCGUGAAUGCCCGGGGAACACAACGCACGCAGCUUAUCGAGUGCGCAUUCCGAUUGCGCAGCGUGAAUUGUGGGUAUCGGCAAUUCAACAGACCAACUUUCCGCCGUGGAUGCUCCAUGGUUCUGUGUAUGCACAUGUGCCGCAUGUUGAUGACGAGACAAGGUCGUAUUGUUGGUUGGUGUUUGAGCUACAGCAAUGUGCAGGACCGCAUGGCGACGAUAUGAAGAGAUACCCCAGGUUGUCCGACGCACCUACCGCCUUACUUCAUUCUGCUUUAUCGCUGCCGGAUGAGGUAGCAUUAGAAUGCCUGGGUGUAUGGACGAAGCCGACUGUGACUAUGUAA